AAGGAGAGCCUGGCUCUGAGUAUGAGCAAGGCUGUGGCGCUGACGGAGGCGCUGCUGGAGCCCCUCGGCGAUGAGGCCAAGGCUGGCAGGGAGCAGCGGGCAGCGGGCACGGAGCUGCUCCCUGGAGGCAGGACUGCGGGAGGAGGGGGCUCGGAGGAGCCGGAGCGGAAGGGGAGGCAGAGUCAGGAGGAUGAGAAUGUGCUUAAAGUUGCCGAUGCCAAGAAAACCUUCGAAAAGCCCAAGGCGUCGGAGGGGACAGCAGCAGCACCAGCGCCCAAAAAAGACACCAUGAGGCGGGUGGUACGACAGAGCAAAUUCCGGCACGUCUUCGGGCAGGCGGUGAAGAACGACCAGUGCUACGACGACAUCCGCGUGUCGCGCGUCACCUGGGACAGCUCCUUCUGCGCCGUCAACCCCCGCUUCGUGGCCAUCAUCGUGGAUGCCAGCGGGGGGGGAGCCUUCCUGGUGCUGCCUCUGCACAAGACAGGCAGGAUUGACAAGUCCUACCCCACAGUGUGUGGCCACACGGGGCCAGUGCUGGACAUCGACUGGUGUCCCCACAAUGACCAGGUCAUCGCCAGCGGCUCCGAGGACUGCACUGUCAUGGUGUGGCAGAUUCCUGAGAAUGGGCUCACCCUGUCCCUGACAGAGCCUGUGGUAGUGCUAGAGGGCCAUUCCAAGAGAGUUGGCAUCGUGGCCUGGCAUCCGACGGCGCGGAACGUGCUGCUGAGCGCAGGCUGUGAUAAUGCCAUCAUCAUCUGGAAUGUGGGAACAGGAGAAGCCCUCAUCAACCUGGAUGACAUGCACGUGGAUAUGAUCUACAACGUGAGCUGGAAUCGCAAUGGCAGCCUCAUCUGCACAGCUUCCAAAGACAAAAAAGUCCGAGUCAUCGACCCCAGGAAACAAGAAAUUGUUGCUGAGAAAGAGAAAACCCACGAGGGAGCGCGGCCCAUGCGAGCCAUUUUCCUGGCGGACGGGAACAUCUUCACCACCGGCUUCAGCCGCAUGAGCGAGCGGCAGCUGGCGCUGUGGAACCCGAAAAACAUGGAGGAGCCAAUAGCCCUUCAUGAGAUGGACACCAGCAAUGGGGUCCUGCUGCCCUUCUAUGACCCAGACACCAACAUCAUUUACCUGUGUGGGAAGGGUGACAGCAGCAUCCGCUACUUCGAGAUCACGGAUGAGUCCCCGUACGUUCACUACCUCAACACCUUCAGCAGCAAAGAGCCGCAGAGGGGCAUGGGGUUCAUGCCAAAGAGGGGCCUUGAUGUCAACAAGUGUGAGAUUGCCAGGUUCUUCAAGCUCCACGAGAGGAAGUGUGAGCCCAUCAUCAUGACGGUUCCCCGCAAGUCUGACCUCUUCCAGGAUGACCUGUACCCAGACACAGCCGGCCCAGAAGCAGCUCUGGAAGCAGAGGAGUGGUUUGAGGGCAAGAACGCUGAUCCUCUCCUCAUCUCCUUGAAGCAUGGGUACAUUCCAGGCAAAAACAGGGAUCUCAAGGUGGUCAAGAAGAACAUACUGGACAACAAACCUGCUGGGAACAAGAAGAGUGAUCUCAUCAGUGCUCCAAAGAAAGCAGCGGAUGCCUCAAACCCCCAAAACGAUGCCAAAUUGGAGGAGAUCCUGAAGGAGCUGAAAUGCAUCAAGGACACGAUCUCCAACCAGGACGAGCGCAUCGCCAAGCUGGAGCAGCAGAUGGCCAAGAUCGGGGACUGACGGGGCCAGCCCAGGCACAUCCCAGCUCCCAGUUCAGCCAGCAGCAGCCUGCAGCAUUCCAGUAUGAGCUUUCCUCUUCUCCUCAACCCACCUCGACAAGAGCCCAUGAUUUCAAGCCAAGCUUUUUAGUGAAAGAUUUUUUUUUUUUUUUUUUUUUUUUUUUCAUUUCCCGAUGUUCCGGUGAAUUUCUGUGACUGUGUCAAAAACAAGGCAAAAAUGAGAAGUGCUACUUUUACAGGUUUUUUUUUUUUUUUUUGGGUUUUUUUUCCCCAGAUGUUAUUAUGAAUCCUUGAAAAACUAAUCCGUUCUUGACUUCCAAUGUCGUGCCCAAAUAUCUUUUUUUAGAUUUAGGGACCAACGCCACAUUGUUCUUAACCAUUUUUAUUUUUAUUAGAGUUGCCAAAAAAUAGAAAAAAAAAAGCUUUUAUUUUUCUUAUUUGCCACUUCUGCAGUAUUUGUGUUUCCAUUCCAAGGGACAGGGGAUGUGGGGGGUGUUUACACUGUGCAGAGAACAAAGCUGAAGCUAUUUUGUAUAAAUCCUCCAUUUGGAACAAUCAGGUGGGUUCCCUUCCCUUCUCUUCCCUGUGGAAUCCCCUUGGAGAUGGAAUCAGCUGCCUUUCCUGCUCCACAAUGUGUCCCCAGCCCCAUUGGCUGACAGAAAAUUACAAAUAGAUCAUUCUGAACAAGAGGAUUUAUUUCCUACUGAAGUUUUAAGCCAGCACCAUGUUCCCAUUUUCCUACAAUCCCAAGGUUUUGAUGCCAUGACCAAACUCCUGCAUUUUACUUGCUCAUUUUUAUUUCCAUUUUGAGACAGAAGUGACUUCCAUGCAGGAAUCCAUGGAGCAUGGAGUUGCAGAUGAGCUGUGGGCUGCCAGCAGUCCUUGCUGACCCCAACACUCCUGAGCUCAUGGAUUUUGAGAAGCUUUUGGAAUCCAUCAGCCCUUCCCACCAGUGCUGAUGAUAGGAAUUUUCUGUGCUUCCAAGGCAGCAUCAGCAGCAGAAAGGUGAUUUUUCCAUGAUAAUUCUCCACAAACAAAAUGCCUCUGUUGUUACUUUUUGACCAUUUGUUUUCUCCUGUCCAUCAUUCCCAUUCCUGCCUCCCACCCUGCCAUGCUGGAAAGCUUUGCAGGAAAGGAUUUGUUCCCAGAUCAGAUGAGCAACCCCAAACCCCCCCCCCUGCACUCCCAGCCCUUCAGAGCAGAAGGGACUGGGAGGGUGGAUUUGAUCCCAGUUUGGAGAACUGGUUUCUCACACAGCUCCUUUGGGGUCCUGCAGGGAGAAGCCCUGUGAGUGCUCCAGGCUGGCUCCUCCUGGAAUUCCAUGGAAGCUCAGCUCAGCCAAGCUCUGCUCAGGCUCCUGUGAAGGAGCUGUCAGGGAUGGGGCAGGCUGGCUCCCUGCUCCCAGGCUGUGUCCUUGUGCUGGGAAUGGGAUCCAGGACACCCUGGAAAGUUGUGCCAAGCAAGGUUGGUGCUGCCAUUCCUGGCACAGCCCAUCCAGAGGUGGGCAGAGACCAUCAGGGGUCUGAGAGCUCUGGAUCCCUGUCCCAGCUGGACUCUGUCCCUGUGGCAGCUCCCAGUGGACACGAGUCCCUUCAUCCAGGCUGAAGUGAUUGAUUUUUUUUAUUUUCCAUUAGUUUAGCUAGGAAUUCUCCGAUUUUUCCAUUUUUCCCCAAUGUUUGCAUGUUCAGAACUUCCAGUUAAGGAUUCCCUGUUGUGGAGGGAUGUGUGUGUGGAGGCAGAAUCGGGGAUGUAGCUGGAGAGGCACAAGGAUGGGACGGAGGAGACAGAGGAUGUGGUGGGAUUGCAGAGCAGGAAAGCUUCAGAAAAGUGGGAUUUCUGUGUUUUAGGGACAAGUGGCACCCCCUGCCCUGUGCCCGUGGAUCCACAAUCCGGCUGCUCCGGGUUCUUUGGCUGUUUGGUGACGUUUCUGUAUUGCAGUAAAUGCCUGAGAUGUGUAUUUUUAUGGAUUUUUUUUUUUUUUUCUCUUUUGGAACCCGAACCCGAAGGUCGUUCUCCCCACAGUGGUGAUUUCUGUGUUGAUUUGUACGUGUGACUUCAGGGUUGUGUGCUCGGAGACCUCGGGUUUGUUCCUAACAUUGGAGGGAAAUCAGUUUUGGGAGCCGCUGGAUUGAGGUGCCCGGGGGUGGGGGUGUGGGAGAUUUUAGUUCCUAGCCUGUAUUUUAUUUAAAUGAACUGAUGCCUCGCCAGGCUCAACCGGAGUCAGUGCCUGAAGCUUUUUGUAGCCGUGAUAUCCCGGGAGAGAACCAGCCCAGUCCGGAAAGACGCGCUCUUAUAGAGCGGCCAGAGUAUCUGUCCAAAUAUUUGCUUCCAUUUUCAAAAGAUAAAAGUCAUUGAUUAUAAACUG